GCUUCGAGACAACAGAAAUGGCGAACUUUGGUAGUUGACAUUUGCUGUUUAAAUGGAUGCUGCGUAUCUAACAUUGUGGGUUCGCUCAGAACCGUUCGACUAUGGUGCAAUCCACACCCCAUUACCGUCCAAAUUAACUUUACAUAACUUGCACAAAUUAUGUAUUUACUCAAGAAGUAGAGGAAAAGCUGGCUAUCCUAAGAUCAGUUAUUCCUUGUGGAAGCAUGUUGCUUGUUAUAAGCUUGGGAUGUCUGCUGAACAGGCAUGGAUGUACUUUGAAACAUUUGAUAUGCUGUGUGAAACAAGUUUUAAAGAUUCCAACAGUUGGAYAAGGCAGUAUCCUCAUUGUAAAACAACUGAAGAAACAGAGCAUCUGAAAGGACUGAUGUCAGUGAAUACUUUACAGUUUAUAUUAUUCUUAUUUAUCCAACAAAUUCAUAAAAUAUCAUUCAAAGCUUCCCUGGUAUCAGGAGGAGAGGAGUAUCCUUUGCAGACAAAUUUAAUCAUUGCAUAUCUUAUUACGGUUUUCCUUAUGAGUCCAAGCCAGGUUAUAUCAUGUACUUAUGUUUUAAAGAUUAAAGGCAAUAGUGCAGUCAAGACACAAGCAAGAAGAGGUUUUACAAUAAGACAAGUUCAAUGGCCAACACAYUCAAGAUCACCUGAACUAGAUCAUAAAGGAUCCUUUGCAACAAAGAGUCUAGAUGAACACGACCACAUGAUGUUUGUUCUUCAUCAUCUCAAUGAAAUACUAGAGCUUUUAAUGGAACCAGAAUCUAAUUUAAGUGGAACUUCCUCCAGUGAAUCAUGUUUAACGUUAGAAGCUGUAGAUGCUCUUGGGUUUUUGUUCAAUGGAACAAUGGAUGGAAAGAAAGUUCAACCCCUUGAAGAGUUAGCAAGACUACAGCCAGAAUCAAACAAAAGUGGUUAUUCCAAAAUUUCUAGGAGCUUCUCAUUUCGCCAUUUCCAGUCAUGGUUACAGUCACAUUUACAGAUCAGCCCAUUUGGUGUGUCWGCUAUCUURACACAUGGAACAAAAGGCAAAGUCAUGAGUAAUGUUGUUUAUGCACCUUCAAAGCAAAAACUAGUCAUCAUGACACAAGUCUGUAAGCAAACUGUUGCCAAGGCAAGUGAUAUUUAUUCUGGAAGUGAUGUCAAGAUUCACAGGUGUCAUUAUUCCUACAUUUACAUUCUGUGCCCUUUAAGAUCAGUGACAAUCCAAAGGUGUCAUAAUUCAACUAUAGUACUAGGAUGUGUGAAGACAGUGGUCCAUAUUAUUGGUUGUGAAAAUGUAACAUUUAUCAUGGUAUCAAAUAGAGUUGCUAUUAGCGGGUGUGUCAACUGUACAUUCCAUUUAUGCUGUCCUAUGCAGCCACUUAUUCUUAUGGAGAAUGAAAAUAUUACAUUAGCACCAUAUCACACCUUUUACCCAAAGCUAGAAGAUCAUCUGAAAAGCUCAUGGGGUGUAAGAACUAUACCGAAUGAAUGGAAUAAUCCUUUACUGCUGGGCAAUGGUAAUCAAGAUGUUGAUAGCAGCCCAGCCAUUUACCGUGAAUUACCGAUACAUGAAUUUUUCACAUUCAAUAUUCCAUUUAGUCUGAAAGGUUCUACAGAUGCAUCUCCAAUCCCACUACCCUUAAAAUAUGAACAAGCCCUACAGGAGCGAGAAGAUGCCAUCAAUGGUUGGUACCAAAUGGUGAAGAACUCUACCCUUUCCAAGCCUCAACGACAACAACUUCAAAGCGUGGUUCAAAACAGAUUUCAGGACUGGUUAGCUGAAAGUGGUGAAGCAAGUCAACUCAAUGGAUUAGUCCCAUCACAUUCACCUAAACAUGCGCAGGAAUCAACAAAACAUUAAAUUAGGUAGCUUCACGUCUGGUAUAGUAACUGCAAGUUUUACACACCAACAUUUAUAUCAUUAAAUCCAUGAUGUUGAUUAGCGAGCAAUAAUAGUCUUGACAUUGUUCACUUUUCUGAUGGAAUCAAGUUGGGGGCAAAUUUUGAACCUGAAAUGUUUAGAAGGGCCUGAGAUGGAACUAUUUUUGCCUUACUAGAGUACACUGUGAAUAAAAUGAUAUUACUUGAAUAUUCUAUUGUUAAAAGCCCAGAAGUAUUAUUCUUUUUUGACCUGAAAGAGCUCUUAAAUACAAAUAAGAUGUAUUUGACAAUGUAGGCAACACCUUGUAAAAUGAACAAUCAACUUUAAAUUCAGGGGAUGCGAUAAUUGUAUUGAAUGCAUUCAGGGUUUAUAAAGGCGGAUUUAUAUGGUAUAAUUGUCACGUGCGACUUGCAGUAUGUGACUUUCCUGCGACAAGUCAUAGAUUGUGUAUGACUUUUGUAGGCAAGUGAUUUACAUGGCAUGAUUUGGAGCUCAUUUGUGUUGAGUACUAUGAGUCUCAUGCAACAAUUGUACCCUAUAAAUCAGGCCCCUAGAUAUACACAAAAUUAAAGUACAUUCUAAAGUUUUAACACUAGAUGCUUAACUGAAAAAUGUAUAUUUGAUGAGAGAAAGUGCAUUAUCUUGUAAAUAUUAUUAAUAAUUCAACUGUAAGUGUUACUGAAUAAAAAUGUUCAAACAAUACAA